AUGUCAGCAUGCUGCGAUUUCUUAUUGGCUGCAAGCUUGCCUCAUGCAUGGCACUCUGCCAUGGAUGCGGCAGAACGCACAGGUUGUGCAGCCGGUAUCACCAAACUCUUCGAAGCUUGGUGGCCUGGUCGUCCUGCAGUGCGCCAUUCGCCUGAGGAGCUUCCGCGAGUUUGCAAGUUUGCUUCCUUGUGCGAUGCCCGACCAGUGGCCAACGCACCGAAGCUGAAGGAUGACUCGCGUCUUGAUCCCUGCAAGCAGGUGUUGCCGAACAGCAGCAGGCUACUAAAUGCUGAAAACUUUGCAGCCGGCGACUUUGUCGUGCUUGGAAACGAUGUGCAUCCAGAAUUUCGAGGUGCUGCAGCAGUUGUCCUCGAUGUCACGCCAAUUGAUUGCAUGGUGGCCGUGUUGGAUCCGUCGCGAACUUUCAAGAUCGGGGAGUGCCACGCGGCAUUCCGCGCUUUGCGUACGAUUCACAGAGACUGGCGCUUGGGAACUCGCCAUAUCAUUGGCGGCCUGCAGAGCAGCAAGAUGCAGCAUCUUAACGGCUUGACUGCCACGGUUCGAGAACAUCGUCGAUAUGGUCAUCCAUGCUUCUUGCCAAAGCCGGAGGGAGACAGCAAGCUGAGGCUCUGCGUGAGAUGGGAGAAAACGACGGAGACCAGCGCAGGUGCUUCAGGAGCCUUGCUUCUGGAGCCACGUUUUCUGGCUUUGUAUCUCAAGAAUCUACCAGACACCACCCGAUGCCACGACACCAUACUUAGUGAGCGUGUUCCAGAAGAAGGCGCACCCUCUCGCACUCUGCUCACAUCGAAACGGUGUGCGUGUCCCCCAGCAUCGUUUGAGGGAAAGGCCCGGCUGGAGCUGUCUUCCAGUCUGCAAGCAAUUGAAGAGAUGGAACCGUCAUCGAACCACAUGUCGAAGGUCGAAGGUCCAGUGCCAUGCCGGCCAAUUCCAACUUGCACUGGCGGCUUUCUGGCAAUGCUGUCCUGGCUUGUCGGGGCGCACACGCGACACGUGGAGGAGGAGUUUCCGACAGUGAUCCGCUUGUCAUCUGUCUUGGCAGCCACUGAUCCACCGCCUCGCGAGCGGCUGUCAUGGCUGCUGCCUAUUGCCGAGAUGAGUACAGGUGCAGAUGAAGCAGAUUCCGAACUCGUGUCUGAGCUCACCGGCAGCAUUCAACCAUUCCAUGAGCUGGAGCCAGGCGAUCUUGUGAUGCUGGACUGCUCUCAAUCUUCGAAGUUCAGUUUAUGCCCAGCAGUGGUCACAGGUGUCGACAUACCCAACUGCACGCUCGCGGUUCUGGACGACUCAAGAAGCAUUUUUGUCCGUGAGUGUCGAGCAAACCUUGGAGAAGUCAUUCCAGUACACUCCGAGUGGCGACUGGGCACACAUGUUGUCCUGGGAGGCCUCCAGAGCAGCCACAUGAUACACCUCAAUGGUUUGUCUGCUGUGAUUUGUCCUCACAGACGCCACGGCCACCCUUGUUUUAUUCAGAAGCCUAGUGCACCCAACACUGGCGACUGGCUGACGCUUUGCAUCCGGUUUGAUAACCCCGAAAAAUCCUCUAUGCAUGCGGUGCUGCUGGAGCCGCGAUUUUUGUCACCGUUGGAUGGCCGAUCCCUGCCGUCUCCAAGGGCCUCGGAAUGUUUCACGCCUCCGAGGUCCGGGAUGUCAAUUGGUGCACUACAACGAUCGACCUCGUGGGCGGUUUAUGCGCGACAGAAUUCUUUGUCAUCCCAGAGCUCGUACAGCAAGCAGCUUUCCGGUGCCUCUCAAGGCAGCCAGAACUGCAGGCUUCCGCUGCAACGGUCGAUGAGCCUUCAAAGCCAGAAGCUCCAGAAGCAGCCGACGGUCCCGUCUCGAAGUCAGUCCUCCUCGACUGUGACGGGCAGCGCCAUGAGUCAAGCUUCGUCACCAUCGGCAACAUCAGGUGGCUCGAGGGCAAGCCUGCGAGAGAGGAUGCCAGAGGCUGAGCUCAUAAAGGAACUCCGGGAGCUGAAGGAAUCGCUGAAGAUCAUGACCAUGGAGCGAAGCCAACAGAGUCUUUGA